AUGGCAAUUAAAGCACCCAAUAAACUACCAGAGAUUGUCAAAUUGGCAUUUGCCAAAGCUCGUGCCAACGGCGACUUGACAUACUUUUCCACCCAAGUAGCCGACCUGCGCGUUGGCAAUAUUCCAUUUCAAUUAAGAUUCUCCUUGACAUUGGCGAAUAAGCCUAAAGGACCCCCGCCUCAAGCAAAAAAUAACGAGAAGCCGUUUGAUCCGUUCGCCUAUGAACCCCGCCCAAAGCUGUUCAUUGCAGAUGUCGGGCCUGCACACUAUCUGGUUCUGAAUAAGUUUGCCAUUACUCCCGAGCAUUUUAUCAUAGCCACAAAAGACUUUGCACCGCAGACACACAUUCUAGAGGAGGGGGACUUGGCAGCUGCUCUAGAGUGCAUUCGCGCAUACGACGGCGAGCUCUUUGUUUUCUUCAAUUGUGGCCAGCAUUCUGGAGCAAGUCAGCCACAUCGCCAUUUGCAGUUGCUACCAAUCAGUAAUAUGAAAGAUGGUCUAGCUCCAGACUCACCGUGGAAACUAUUAGCUUCGUCGGAUAACAUAGAUGGAGCACCAUUUUCCGUCUUUAGAGAAUCCAUCUCGACGGAAACGACAGCCGCAGCUCUACACGCCGCAUACCUGAGGCUGUAUCGCGAAGCUUGUCUAGCAGUAUCGAAUGCUAAAGGAUGGAAUAUGAAAGAAAAAGAGCAUGAGACCACCGGUGACGCCCAAAUCAGCUACAAUUUAGCCAUGACCAAGGAUACGUUAGUCGUAUGCCCUCGCCUUUCGGAUGGCGGUCCGAUCCGCGUAUCACGUUCAGAGGAGGCGAUUGGUUCGCUGUCACUUAACGGUACAUUACUGGCAGGCACAGCGCUUGUUAAAUCGGAAACGGAAUGGAAUGCUUUAAAGAGUGAUCCAAGUGCUCUAGAGGAAAUCUUGCGCACUGUCGGAGUCCCGUCUCAAAAUCAGACAACCAAACUAUAA